AUUACACAGAUUGUUAGCGCACCAUUGGUGUCGUCUGUCUGGAAUAGCUUUUCUUGUUCUCAUAAGUACUAAAAUCAAUUGGAGACGUGGUGUAAAAUGAAUCAUUUGGAUUCUAAUACCGUGUGCUGGCAAAUGAUCUAUAUGUCUUUGUUGCUUGUGCAUCUGCGAAAGUUAGCUCUCAAGGUGUAGCGUUCCUGAUCAGAAUGACGUUCGUAAAUGUGGUAUCAAAUUAAACAGGCAGGCUACCAGCGAAUGUUGCCAUUUGCGCUUACUGUUGCAUUGGUGGUGCAUUUGACAAUCGCUCCAGCAAUAACGCAUCCGGGCUGAGUAGCUUUUGUCUAGGUGGCUGUUUAGCUGGACAGGCUGAAAAGCCAAUUUUCAUUCACAAUGGCCGGGCGUCGUGGCUGUGUGAAUUCGCUUUGGUCGGGCAGCGAGCGUGUUCGAAUCGGAGAAAGGUUGAAGGCAACCUUAGCAGGAAUACUGGAGCUGGAGCUGCUCAGGUGUCGUCACUUGGAGAUGGUCGAUGCCGCGUUGGACAAAAAAGAAAUACUCGAUGAAACCGACCAGAAUGAGAGAAACACAGAAAGCGCCACCGACGACGAUGCAGCAACAUCCCACAGGCAACAGACCUCGGCUCUCUCCGAGUCAGUGCUGCCCUGCUUGAGCAAUUCAGGAGAGGAAGUAGCCUCGCGAUGGUCCACUCUGUCCUGGGAUAUCCCAUCUGAGCUGCUUUCCCCUCUGACCCCAGACACUACCAGCACCACCUUAGUGGAUGGAGACUCAAGACCAAGCUCAGGUUUCUAUUCGGUGAGUGGGAGCUCCUUGUCCGAUUCCAGUUACUCAGUGUCCAGUGAGAUUGCUCUUGGGGGCUUGGUGAGGGCUGUUGGGAGUACGUGCCGACCACUGUCUGCAGAUCACAGCGCCAUCCAGUGGAGAGAGGCCUCACAGUCAAAUGCCCAGAGUACUGAGGAGACCUUGAGGGAGGAGGACAGGAGACCUGUCUCCACAGGUGACCUGGAGAUCCCCGGCCUCGUGCUGCUGUCUGACCUCUGCUCCAAACUGGGUGGGCCUCAGCAGCCUCCUCUCCUCUCAGACUCGUGCAGUUCCUUACAUUCCCGAGUACAAUUGGACCCUAAAUUCUGCUCUGACUUGGUGUCCCGCAAAACAAAGGAGGUGUAUCCAUACCCCAGCCCCCUACAUGCGGUGGCUCUGCAGAGUCCCCUCUUCACCUUCAGUCAGGACCACUCAUCACCCCAGCUCUCACCUAAUCCAGAGACUGAACAUCCAGAAGAGGACACGUCGCCACAGAGGACUCCGCCUUCAGCGCCCCCAUCACUGACGCAGCUGGAGCUGUACAUCUCAAGGCUGGUCCACCAGUAUCAUUCUAGGACAAGGCAAGAUGCCUUCAAAGCCAUCUCAGGUUCAGGCCAAGAUACAUUCCAGUGUAGAACUGCUAUGGACAGUCACGGUUCCGCAUCAAAUUUGACUGGCGUCACCCCCUGCAAACUCGGGAACUCUUCAAGAGUUCGUUUGAGCAGCAUAAGCAAGAAAGCAAGCAGAAACUCGAUCAACUUGGGGAACUUACCAUCUGUGACGGGGGAGGAUUUCAACAUAAGCUUCCACCUGAAUUUGAAUUUGAACUUAAAUCCGAACAUAAACAAAUCUCUAGAUACCAAAACCCUGAAGGAAGACAUAUCUGCAUCAUGUGGUUACCUUGGCACCAGUAUUACUACCCCCUCCGCCUCGCCUUCCUCCUCGACCUUGUCUUUUACGCCCACUCCUACAUCAAGAAGCAGGCCACGGAUAUCCACUUGUCCAUCGCAGGUCAAUCAUCGUGGGUCUCUGGAAGUGACUGGGAAGGUGUUUGGUCCCAUGGGCUUUUCACGGUCCCUAGACUGGAGUGGGGCCUCCAGAGAGGAGGCAGAGGGAUGUCCUCCUCCUUCCAAAACCCAGGAUGGGUCUCCCAAGCUCAGUGAAGACUCUGAGGUGGUGUGUGAAAUAUCCCGUGUGUCAGGCCUGCCCUGCUCGGUGGUGGUAGGUUUGAUGGAGGAAGGUGUGGAGCUGGACACUGAGUGCUUUCGGAUUGAGCGGGAGAGAGGGGAGGGGUCAGCCUCACCAUCCCAGCCCCAUCUGUCCCCGUCUCCACGCUCGCCCUGUCAGAUCAACACAAUGUCUGACCUCGCAAGGUUGCACUCCGACGGUCAAUCACCUAAUCGCUGGAUCCCGAGUGUUGUGGCUGGAGAAAAUGGCUCCCAUCAGCGCUGCCUUCAGAUCGCCCAUUCAGGCUCCCAUUCAGGCCUGACGUCUCAGUCUGCCAGCCCUGCCUGCUCUGAACACUCUGGCCCCACCCCGACUCAUCAUGUGAGGAGAAUGUCCCCUGUUCUGCCGGUCCCACCCACUCCUGCAUCUUCUGACCCGGCCUCUCCAGGAUCCUCGUCUAUGUCCUGCCACCCGAGAGUGCACUCCCCUCCUCGUCUGCUCUCCGCCUCUGCCUUCACCCCCGCGCAGCUGUCCGUGUUCCGACGCGAUGCUCCAUCGCAGUGCUCUCUGCCUCGGUACCGGGCAGGCAACUCGCCACAGGAGGGCAACGCUCUUCGGCCCAGGGGAGGGUCACUGAGGCAGGAGGCAGGGGCUGGGUGGAGAUCACAGGACCGAGGUUGGAGGAGAAGUGGAGACGGAGAGAGGCUGUACCAGGGCAAGCACGCGUCCCGGGAGCUGGUCAGGGCCUCAACGGUCAGCAGCUACUCAAGAGACUACAGCACAUGCUGGGAUGAGGAAGUGCGUGCUCAGACACCAAAAAAGGGUACCAAAUUUUGGAAGGGCUUCGAUGGACGCUUCUGGGGUAAGGAUGGGGACUCUGAUUGUGGAGAGAGGGAUGCACGAGGCAGCAGGAGGAAAGACUACCAAAAAGAGAGGUCCUGGAGCAAAGAACAGGAAGGAAAGCCGAAGCAGAAGGGAAUUCCCUGGGAAGGCCGCAGCUCCAGUCUCCGCUCAUCCCGCAGGGCGCUUUUCCGCAGCGAGUCCCAGGGAAUCCUCGAACCGUCAUCUCAACAACGCAAAGGUCGACUCCGCACCAACUACUGGGCCUCCUCCUUUGAGAUUGCACAUGAGGGACACACGGAUCAAGGACGGAAUCUAGCAGGAAGAGAAGACAAACAUCUAUCGUCCACUGCCAGUCUGUUUCACCUCUCUCGUUCCCAAAGCCUGGAGGGAAGCUCCCAGUCGCUUUCUCCACUUUCUUCACCAUCUUAUUCUCCAUCCCCUCCACCCUCAGCGCCCCUAACGCGGUCCAGGUCCUUCAGGGAUCUUGGGAGACGUGUGUUUGGCUCAAUGAGGUCACUCAGUUUAAGGGGCCACAAAACAAAAAAGUGAUCAUUUGAUCAUUACAGUCAAUAUAGUCUAGUGUAGGCUUAAUUAAAAUAGAUUUCUUUCUGCUCGUGACUGUGCCUCUGCAUGCAAUGCUGUGCUGAGUCUUGUUCCUGUGUGGUUUAUACUGUAUAUAUAUGUUGCCCUACACAAGUUUAAAAUUGUGUUGAUCACAAUCCAGCAAUGGUAAUGUGUAUUUUGACUUGAUGUGCUCAGGGCUAUUAAAAUAUGAUAAAAGUUGAACCACUGAAAAAAAAAUAUAUUGUAAUCCAUGUCUUAUUAUUAAAGUUAAAUAUUAAAUUUAUUGGAACAAA